AUGAAAACAACUGUUCGCACCAGGUAUAUUGCCGAUGCACACACCAGCGGCAUUGACUUUGUUAGUGGUGGGAUUUGUGACGAACGUAAUGUUAACAACAUCUGAAGAAUAUGUUCGAUGCGAAGUCAAGUACUCAGGCGGUAAAGAAACCAGCUACAGGAGGUCUUUAUUGCGAAUUGAGGCUGGAGAGACAACCCCAAGGCUCAACAGAACGAGAGAUUUCCGUAAGGCCAUCGGUGCGCGCCCGCAUCUACCAUUGUUAACAUACCCGAUCGCAGGCGACAGGUCGACGAGCCCGUGGCUCAGUGGUUAGAAGUGUUGGACUUCUAACCAACAGGUCGCGGACUCGAGCCGCGGAGGACUGCAUACCUCGGGACUGGAUGUGACCGGCUGAUGAUGGCCAACAUGACAGAAGUGGCCAUUCCAGUCUUCCCCGCCCCGUCUAUAUCUGUAAUGCCCUUCUGCCUAUAAUGGUUAUCCGUCGGUCAGACAGUUAUGAUGCUGGGUAGAGCACUUUCUCUACGUCAGUGCAAGACAAAUUUUUGGUCAAGGUUUUCUGGUUACGGUUAGGGUUUGAACUUACGAAUAGGUUUCAGUAUUACGGUUAGGUUUUUUGGUUACGGCUGUGUCUAAGGACUACGGUAACGUUAACGAUUUCGGUUAGGGUUGCCGCUAGGGUUAACGGUUAACGUUUAAGGUUGAGGUUAGAGUUAGGGUUAAGGCUAGGAUUAGGGUUAAGGUCGCCGUCCGUUUCCCCAUUCCUGGCUAUCAACUGCGAUCUAGCCAAAAUCUUUCCAGGCGCAUGAUGUCGGUUGAAAACGCAAUUUCUUCCACCAUGUCCACUAGAAACAUAGAUGCGCGUUUGCUGAGUAUUGCUAAUACAGUUUUUUCGGCAUAAGUUUGCAGAAUAAACAACGCUGGGCUGGGAAUUAUCGGCAAAGUUCAAUAGGAAGCCACAAGAGAACCUGAUGGAUGGCCUGGUACGAUAAAUAGCACAGUACAUUCCACUACCCCUGUAAGAAGAGGGCAAGCCCUCCUGGUACCUUAGCUGCUUCCUACCCGGAGCAGCGUGAUGAAUGAAGAACCGGCCAUCAUUGAGGACCUGCUAUCAAAUAGACAGGCUCUCAAAUCCGAUGCAUAAGCGACUGCAGACCAACUGCGAUAAGGUCACCAGAUAUUGCUGGGCUCUGGCGCGGUAGAUCGGUCACAUAUAAAGGGGCUACAAGUCAAGGCUGUAGAACAACAUGGCAAAUGUUACGUCAUAUACAAAAUAACACUUUCCCCGCCACCGCCUUAUGAAUUAGGAUUCCAUCCACUGGCCGUGUUGGAGCAGAGACAUCGCUUGAAUGAUAUUCCUACUGAUGGGCCUUUACAAGCUGCCAGCUAAAUCAGUAAUGAGAUAGCGCAGACAGCAGCAGCAGCAGCAGCAGCAGCAGCAGCAGCAGCAGCAGCAGCAGCAGCAGCAGCAGCAGCAGCAGCAGCAGCAGCAGCAGCAGCAACAACAACAACAAAAAACAACACCAUCACCAGUAUUAGUAUUCACAACUAAAGACAGUGGAAGAUAAGAAGAGGAGGUAGACCGAUAUGUGGCAAGUAAACAGAUGGCCUUUGAUUUAAAACUACGAACUCGGCCCUUACUUUCUGUUAAGGAUUUACGCGUGGGAGUGCAUACCGCGACUGUCUCCUUUGAUGGCGUGCGCACUCACCUAAUAAUCAUCAAUAUAAAGAUAAACAACUUGUAGAAAGUUACAAUGUAGUAUGGUACACAAUUCACGUUGUAAUAGGAAAAAGCCUACACGUCUAGGUUGUCGGAGCCCCAUGGAACCUACGGAUUACUGCGGGGAAACACCUGCCAAUCCACGACUGUGUCUACUAAGUGACUGGUAAUGAAGAUUACCAAACUUUUUCGUCUCUGACCAAAAUGUUUGAUCAGGAGGCAGGACGAAGUAUGUGGAAUACCAAAAAUGCAUUAGUACAAACAUACAUGCUUAGUGUUCGAAAAAACAGAACGGGUAAGUAUUGAAUUAGGUAGAAGUGCGAAGUAGACCAUACCGAACCAAUCACCGACCAAUCACAGUCACCUCUGGUAAGAUUGAAAAUAACACAUCGAUUUCUCAUCAUGGACUACAGCAAAGGCAAGAAAGCAACAGGGGAUAGAUAGUUUACCUUUUUUUCAAGGAGGAUAUCGAAAAUGAUAGAAGUCGGUUGAUGUUGACCGUUGGUACACGAGGUAAUAUAUUAUGAUAGACAAAAGGACUAUUAACCGCCUGACGUGAAGACGGUUAAUUUCACGGCAACGUCGCUUUAGUGAAAAAAUUUAAACAUAAAUAAAGCAGUCCACAGUGAAGAGUACUUACUCAGGAAUCCGGAAAUGCAUUAUUUUAAGAUAAAAUAUUUUUAUGCCUAGAGAAAUUUUUUAUUUAGUAAAGGCCCUCCAAAUUCCAUCGCCAUGAUUUCCCUACUCACCUGUAGUUUGCUACAAAGUCAUCCUCGAAAGAAUGACAUUCCUGGCACCAUUCAACAGCCCUAAAUGUCCUCUUUGCAACGGUUCCUACAAGAUUACGUUAUUUUGAUCGCUUAAGCUUCUAAUUUCUGUUUAAACUAGACAAGUCAGUUGGACUACAUUGUUAUUUAGCGCGCAAACGUGCCGACGGUGCAUGCGCCUAGUGCUCUUCGACGCGAGCUAGUCACGCGUAUUAUAAAUACCCCCGAGGCCGCGCUAGGCAGCAAAUCACAUUUCGACUGUGCGAUGACCGAUACUGCUCCUCCGGUUACCCUGAAGAAGGCGAAGGCUCCAAAGAAGCCGAAGGUGCCCGCGGCCCACCCACCCUUCUCCAAGAUGAUCGUGGAUGCGAUCAAGGACUUGAAGGAGAAGAACGGUUCCAGCCGUCAGGCGAUCCUGAAGCACAUUAAGGCCCACAACAAGAUUGACGAGAAGGUUGCUGAGGUUCACCUGCGUCGCGCUCUUGUCUCCGCCACAGCCGCCGGUAAGCUGAUCCGAACGAAGGGUGCUGGUGCCUCUGGAUCUUUCAAACUCUCAGAGAAAGCCAAAAAAGAACCAGUCGCAAAGAAACAUGUCAAGAAGGCAGCCAAGCCAAAGACUACGAAGGCAGCCAAGCCGAAGAAGGUUCCGGUGGCUAAAAAGACCUCAAAGCCGAAGAAAGUCGCGAAGGCGAUUAAACCAAAGAAGGUUGCCGCAGUGAAGCCGAAGAAGCCAUCCGUGAAGAAAACACCUAAGAAGGCGGCUAAGAAAUAG